UUCACUAUUUCACCAUGACAGUUUCACUCGUGGUCGUUGUGUGUGUUGCAGUCGUGCAUGUUGCUCAUGGCGCGCUGCCGUACCAGAACACCAACCUGGGGUGGGAUGCUAGGGUGGAUGACCUCGUCAGUCGUAUGACCUUGCAGGAGAUACAAGUCCAACUGGCCAGCGGUCAAGACGAGUCUCCGCCAAUAAAGCGUCUGGGGCUCACGAACUACGCCUGGUGGAGCAAUUGUGGCCGCGGGGAUGUCACAAGGAACGCCACGGGGUUUCCACAGUUUAUAGGAAUUGGUGCUUCCUUUGAUGCGGACCUUGUGUACCGGAUGGCCGUAGUGACCAGUACGGAAGUGCGGGCCUACUUUAACUACUACAUGGCGCGUCACGAACGUCUGGGGAUACACAAGGCCAUCAGCUGUUUCAGCCCGAAUGUCGACACAUUUAGAGAUCCUCGUUGGGGAAGAGGGCAGGAGACUUUCGGGGAGGACCCGUACCACGUCGGUGAACUCGGCUACAUCCACGUCAAGGGCCUUCACGGAAACGAUACCCGCUACCUGAGGACCAGUUCCGGGUGCAAGCACUACGUCAUAUCCGGGGGCCCAGAAGACUGGCCAGUCAAUAGACAUGACUUUGACCCCAAAGUAAGCACACGUGACUUGAGGACGUAUUUUCUCCCACCGUUCAGGAGAUGUGUCGAGGCCGGAGCCUACAGUCUCAUCUGUUCCUAUAACCUCGUUGACGGCGUCCCAGCGUGUGCCAACAAGGAGAUCCUGACUGACAUCCUCCGAGGGGAGUGGAACUUCAAGGGUUAUAUAAUAGCUGACGCUGGCGAAGUCAUGUUUAUGAUCAAACGACGCCACUACUUCAAGACGAAAAUGGAGGCUGCUGUCGCCUGUCUCAAGGCUGGCUGUAACAUUGAAGUCGAGGGAAGCCAGGACAGAGCGUAUCUCACGUUAGCGGAUGCAGUCAAACAAGGGAAAAUAUCUGAGAAUUUUGUCCGGGACCAGAUGAAGCCUUUGAUCUACACCCGAAUGAGACUAGGAGAGUUCGACCCGCCCACCAUGAACCCCUAUAACAAUCUGGAUGUACACAAAGAUGUGCUGAACAAAGACCACAUCGCUCUUGCUCUCGAGGCCGCCAUGAAGAGCUUUGUCCUGCUAAAGAACGAGAACAACUAUCUUCCCAUCAAACACAAACUGAAUAAAAUUGCUGUGGUCGGUCCGAUGUCAGACAACAAGAACGACCUAAAAGGGGAUUAUGCAUCUGGGACUGACAGUCAUCUUGUGGACAGCGCUCUCGAUGGCUUGAAAAACCUGGCCAAUCAUGUGAACGUUAAAGAUGGCUGCAACGACGUGAACUGUAACCACCUCAACAACCACGAUGUCAUCAGUGCUGUUAGUGGCGUCGAUGCAAUAUUUGUGUGUCUUGGAGGAGGACAGACUAUUGAGCGGGAGGGUCACGACCGCCACAGUGUCGGUCUCCCAGGACAUCAACUGGACCUUCUGAAGACGGUCGUCAAUCAUGUCCAAGGUGGACCAGGAAUUGUGGGUAAACGAGCUGCGGCAACUCCAAUCAUCCUUCUUCUGUUUAAUGGCGGACCACUACAAGUCGCGUGGGCCGAGGCGAACCCCCACGUGACCGCGAUACUUGAUUGCUUCAUACCCCAUCAAAAAGCAGGGGAGGCAAUCCAGAAGGUUCUGACAAACGAUGGUCCUCACUCCGUGCCCUCUGCAAAAAUGCCGUACACUGUGCCAGCCAGUGACAGUCAGAUCCCACCUAUGACGGACUACUCGAUGGACAGACGUACUUACUGGUACUUCAAGGGCGACCCGUUGUAUCCUUUCGGCUACGGGCUCUCCUACACCACCUGGCAUUACUCGGGUCUUCAAUACAACCACAACAUCAACGCCGGAAGUGACCUCAAGGGCCAGGUCGUCGUCAGCAACACCGGAAAUUACAACGCUGAUGAGAUCAUCCAGGUAUAUGUGUCCUGGACGGACAGCUCCCUGAACAUGCCGAAGUACAAACUGGUUGCCUUCGGGAGAGUGUACGUCCAACAAGGGCAGCACACAACCUUCAAGUUUACAAUCAGUCACAAGAACCUGGCUGUGUGGGAUGACAAGGAUGCGUGGAAGGUACUACCAGGCAAGAUGAACCUCUAUGUGGGAGGCCAGCAGCCCCAUCAGAAGAAGGCCAUGAGUUCCAAUGUUUUAAGCGGACAGUUUACCAUAACCGGAACAAAGAUUCUUGGUAAAUACUAGGCUGGAUCUGCCGUGGAAUUGGUUCUGUAGAUAAACAUGUCUUUGUAUAAUAAACAGUAUAUCUCGUUA